GUAAACUUGCGAUGCAAAGACCGGAGGACGAUGCUGUGAUGGCGGUGUACUCUGCGGCAUCUGCUGCGUCUGGGACGUCGACUGCUGCAUUUGCUGAUGUGGCUUCGGUAACUGCUGCGAACGAUGAUAUGGUUGCGAAGUGCUGCGACGGUUUUGACAACGACUGCGACAAGUUUGGUCAAGAUCUUGCUGUUCCGCUUGAAGAUACGACGAAAUUUCGGUUUCUGAGAGGUUCGGAUUCAUGCGCAAGAAGGCGCGCGUCUGUCGCCACUCGGGACCAAGUCCAGCAAGAAGGACCAUGAGAUACAUCUCACGAGGGAAGUAUCCUCCACUCUUCUCCAGUUGAUCUUGUAGUGUGCGAACACGAUUGACGUAAUCCAUGACAUUCUCG